AUGCCGUCAUGGCACAAGGAGGGACGACAAAGGAGAAGACAACCGCUCCAAAGGAGGCAAAGAGCGUCGCCGGGGUCUGCAAGCAUCUCGCGAGAGGACCGAGGCCACAAACACAAGCAUGGCCCAGUCACGAAACGCACGCUUAUCGUGGCCAAGGCCACUGGCAGCAUGUCUCUGCAUUUCCAUGACAAAACGCAAUCUCGGGGACGGGCUACGACCAGCAGUUUCAUCGAUCCAGCGCACUGCGAUAGACAUUGUCCGGGCAUGCAUUUAGCCCUGCCGACGGAGGAUGUGGCCACCAUUGACCGAAUCGGAGUCUGUUUCAGAGCACCUUUCCACCAGUAUUGGCUGUACUUUGUUGGAGAAGCACCCCGGGGAACGAGGAUGAUGCAGCAGACCGCGCGCCGGCAAAAUUGGGUGGGAGGCGAGCUACCUUGUGGACGCGAAUUGUUGGUAGGGGUCUCGUCGAGAACGAUAUCGAGCCAUGCGAAAACGUGCUCGGCCGCUGGCACAAUCCAGGACGUGCGUGCUGUCUCGACUAGGCAGGCCAGGCCAGGACACUGGCUGAACGGAUACUCGUCUCGUCAGCCGGCCUGGCGCAGCAAGCAUGGCGGUCUGCACGAGCGAGGUCUAUCCUUGCAUGUGAAAUCAUGUCGCGAAGAACACAUACGGCGAGGUCAACAGCAACAACAGCAACUGAGGCAGGGACAGGAUAGCGUGCUUUGUGCCGCCAUCGCCGGCGCUCAAUGGGUGGAAGCGCCACCUGACACUGGUAUACGAGAGGUGUUGCACAGCUGUCGAAGCUCUCAUGCAAAAGACUGGUUGAUUCACCCGUUGCCUAUAUCGUCAGUCUAUCCAUAG